AUGAAAAAAGAUAGUGGACUCUGCUGCAUAUUCGCGGUGCUUGUGAAAGCGCUAUCUGUUCGAUGUGUAGGAAGGCCGCAUAGAGAAAGAACACACGCGCAUCCUAGAGAGGCAAUUACUCUGCAGGAGCUCCCGAACGGCAGUGGCUAUGCGUAUGCAAGAGCUAGCACAAACGAAAACCCAGGCAUAUGCUCUAACAACACUUCACACGGUUCUUCCGAACUUAGAGCCGGGCCUGCCCCAGCGCCGUCCAUGCAGAUGAUACAAAUUCCCGAGCCGGAUUACUACAUUCUUUUGCAGGAAGUCAUGCACGCACGGCAAAUAGUGCAUAACAGCCAAGUAAUGCAGCAAGCGGCUGCAUCUCUGGAGAUGCAGGCUGUGCAGUCCAGCGCAUACCUCCCGCUUGCAAACAGCCAAAUGCCGGCGCUUGCACAGCCCCAGCAAAAUAUAAGCCCAGUGCAGGCUGUUCUGCCGCACUCCUAUCCGGCGCUGCAUAACCCCGAGCUUGUACAGCCCAUGAAUUUUCCCGAGUCUUUGCAGCCUCCCCCAGAAAUCCCCCAGGCUGCAGCCGCAUACGUAAAUCCGUCGGUUAUUUCGCAUGCGUAUGUGCCGAUUGUUCCAACUGCUCCGGUGCAGCCGCAUUGCAUGGUGCAUGAGAGCACUUUCCAUCCAGUGCCUCAGCUGGCUCUAGACCAUACCAGGCUCCAGCCAGCGCAAGACAUGCUGAAAGUUGAGGCGGAUCCGCAGCCGCUUUGCUCCCUGCAUCCCGUUUUCCCACCAAAUCAGGUUUCGCUGGGGCACGUAAUGCCUGAGUUUCCCAGCAAGGAGAAAAGCAGCUCUAGCACAUAUGCAGUUUUCCCUCACCGGAUACAAAAAAGUGGAAUUCCGUACGUCAGCGAAAGCGAGACCCAGAGCAACAGCAUAAAAAUGCAAGCAUACUCUGUGGUUUCGCAUGUUAAGAACACAGACAUAAUGAAGGUGGGUAUCUUCUACCAGUCCACGGAGAGCUCUAGAAAAUCCGACUUUGUGGAUGUUACGUACAGCAACGGGCUGGACAUAAACUACAUACACAUUGUGAUGAAGCCGGCCGAGCAGUGUUUUCCCGUCUAUAUAAACCCAGACACAAACAUAAUAGUUAAAGAGGUGCCCCAGAGCAACACUAUAGAAGGGGAGCUUUGGCCGUACAAGCCGAACGCCGUGUACUCGGUGCCUUCCGAGGUGUGCAAAAAUGCGCCCCCCUACCUUCCCAGGCCAGCCGUUUUUGCCGAUGUUGACGACCCUGCGAAGAAGCUUAUGAUUGUCAGCCCUUUUGACGGAGCCUGCGAAACCACGCCGCAACUGUGGAGCUCCUCGAAAAGCGGCGUUCAAUCCAAGGAGUACGGAAAUUAUAUGCGCAUUUGCAAAGAAAUGCAGCGGAGUUUGCCGAUUAAAAUAGAGAAAAUGGGCGAUGCACAUUUUGAGCUGGACUUUCCUGCUGUGGAAAAAGAGUCUACAAAUGGCUCUGAAACCAGCCAGCUUACUAUGCAAAGUUCGUCUCCAGAGCACAUGCAUCCAGUCGAAAGUUCUCCGCCUGAAGCCAUAAGUUCGUCUCCAGAGCAUAUGCAUCCAGUCGAAAGUUCUCCGCCUGAAGUUAUAAGUUUGUCUCCAGAGCAUAUGAAUCCAGUUGAAAGUUCGUCUCCAGAGCAAAAAGAGGGCCUUCCUGCUGAAGCUCCGGAAGAGUCCCCGAAGGACAUGACGCCUCCUGCUAUUAACAAUAGCCCGCCUGUGCAGGACAGCACAGUAUGCUGCAUGUGCCAAAAGAAGGUGGAUCGCUCAGAGUGUGCUGAAACACCAGAAAAGAGCCCGCGCCCAGCCGCAAAGAAAGAGCCCAAGCCUCCUGCGCCCAAGCCCAAGAACUCUAAAAACGCUAAAAAGCAAAAGCAGGCAAGCCCUCCCCCCGAAAAGCCCAAGCCAGAAGUCAAGCCCGUGAUGGUUUGCAUAGGCACCCAAACAGACCCAAUCCAUGAGAAGGCCCCACCUGAAACGCGCGAAAGAAUGGUGCAGUGCACGCUUUUGCCGAUCAAGGUAAAGCAAAAAAAGGCAGAGCCCGUAGAAAAAGAUUCCCCAAUAAAAAUUGAAGGGCCCACCCUCGGCGGAAAGAUAGAGUACUGCCGCAAGGAGGGAGAAAAUGAAAGCAAGAAAAAGGGCAAGAAAGAUGCGCCCCAACGCCAAAACUUAACACAAGUGUGGUUCCCCUUUGAUGACUCAGAGCAAUUAGAUAACCCCCUGGCUCCCAGCUCAGACAGCAGCGCUCAAAGCGACUCUUCUGACAGCGGCAAGCCCCCUAAAGCCUGCGAAAAGACUGAACGCGCAAAAACGAAAAGAUACAAUCUAAGAGGCGACCGCAUUCAGCGCAGGCAAUAA